AUGUCAUCGAACCCACGACAAGCCUCGACGCUCGAGGAGAUCCGUGAAAUGCGAGUCUCCAGGUCCACUAAGGCUGGGUACAAGAGUGGGCUGAACCAGGUGAAGAAGUGGAUCAUGGCCCACGGCAGCCCCAUCAUGCUUAAGCAUGACGGAGCCAUCGACUUGACAGUAUUCCAGUACUCCGAUUUUCUCGCAUUCAUUCAAUGGCAAUACCAGUGCACGUCGAACAAACCCGGCACGCUUGCCAGCUACCGCUCAGCGAUAAAGGACCUGUACAAGCGGGAAAAUGUCCCGCUCCCAGUUGAGUAUGACGGCGACAUGAAAGAUCUGUUCCAAGGAUUGCGUCGGCAUCACGCCGAGCACACGCAAACUGGUGGGAUCAAGGAAUCCGGGAAGCGCCCGAUGGGGUAUAGCAUGUAUGAGACUUUGUGCGGUGACACCGUUCGCUUGCUUGACGGUGGCUUUUCUCACCUCUUUCUAACAAUGUCUUGGAAUCUCAUGUGUCGGUCCAUGUCGACUCAAACUGUCCACCUCGAACACCUCUCGUUUGAGGAAGAUUCUAUUGGGGUGGUGUUUCACAAAAGCAAGACCGACCAAGCUGGUGACAAAAGUCGCGAUCCUCGUCACAUGUAUGCCAAUCCUUUCAAACCAUCAACGUGUGUGUUCCUUGCUCUGGGUGUAUAUUUGGCCAGUCAUCCUCAAUUGGGCCCCGGACCGCUCUUUCCUGGUGGUGCCCAACGUGACCGCUUUGGUAAAGCACUGGGUCGUGUGUUAAGGUUGUCGUUUGACUCGGUGGCCGAUUCCAUUGGGACACAUUCGAUCCGCAAGGGUGUCGCUACGUUUGCUUGCUCUGGCAGUACGUCGGGACCGUCAAUGGCGAGUGUGUGUUUGCGUUGUGGCUGGACCUUGGGGCACGUACUGGAGCGGUACAUUCACUACGAACGUGCUGGUGAUCAGUACCUGGGGCGAAUUAUUGCUGGUUUGCCAAAUUUCAAAUAG